AACAGCUGAUAUCGCAGACUUCGAAGUUUGUUUUUAUUUUUGCAAGGCUGAUUUCUUAUCAUUGAGUUAACCAACCUUAAAUGCUAAGACGCACAAUGGCGGAGUUCGACGUGAAAGCCGGCCUGCAGCACGUGUUGAAGCGCAUUGACGAGGUGCUCCUCCAGCGGCCCAAAGAAGUUGCAGCUGCCAGGCCGCUGCUCGUUGCAGUGAGCAAAACAAAGCCGGCGGAGGCCGUAAUCGAAGCCUACGAGGCCGGACAAAGGGACUUUGGGGAGAACUAUGUGCAGGAGCUGGAGGAGAAGAGCCGCCACCCGGACAUACUGGCCAAGUGCCCCGACAUCAGGUGGCACUUCAUAGGCCACAUGCAGAGCAACAAGAUCAACAAGGUCCUAUCUGUGCCCAAUCUGCGUAUGAUCCAGACCGUGGACAGCGAGAAGCUGGCCACCAAACUGGACGCAGCCUGGUCCAAGCAACAGCCCACCCCUGAGGAGCCACUGCAGGUGCUCAUCCAGAUCAACACCAGUGGCGAAGAUGUUAAGAGCGGAAUAGAGGCAAAAGAUGCGCCUGCACUCUACCAGUUCAUCAGGAGCAACCUCAAACACCUGAACCUGCUGGGCAUAAUGACCAUUGGCGCAUAUGGCUUUGACUAUAGCAAUGGACCCAAUCCGGAUUUCGUGUCCCUGAUGCAGGUGCACCGAGCAAUAUGUGAGGCGCAUUCCUUGGCCCCGGACUCGGUGCUCGUCUCCAUGGGAAUGUCCAACGACUUCGACAAGGCGAUCGAAAUGGGCAGCACAGUGGUGCGCGUUGGCUCUUCUAUUUUCGGCCAUCGGGCGGCCAAGGCGUGAGGGGAGCGGGAAUGUGAUAGGAAUGCGUUGCGGGCACUGAAUACAGUCGAUUCCCAAUGACGUCCGAUCUCCCGACAGAGCAACAGAGCAGCCUCCAAGUUCGCCCAUGUAUCAGGUGGAACUGGGUAUAUUCACACAGACUAACCUAGUAGAGCGUCAAGGAGAUGAUUUGGCGUUUAAAUUUAGAAACCCAUGAGAUAAACAAAUGUUAUGUAUAGGCUGUUGUUCACCUUAUUUGAUUGUUAACCCUUCAUAAACAAUGCUUCCAGAAUGUCAAAAACCA